AUGAGGAUUGAAAUGAGCAGCCUGCUGGUACGGGCUGCGGCUCUGCACGCCGGGGUGGGCGGCAGCGCAGCCCCCGGCCGCCGGCCGCCGGCCGCCUCCGUGGCGGCGGGGGCGAGACGGAGAGGCGCCAUAAAUCAUAGCGCCCCCGGCCCCCGCCCGCCGCCGCCGCCACCGUCGCCCCCUCCGCUAUUUAAAACGGCGCCCUGCCUGCCAGCGGUCAGCGGCCAUGUUGGAAAACACGGGCCCUUUCCUCCGGCGGUCCGCCCCCGCUGCCUCUGGGGCGAUGCUUUCCAAUUUCCACCGCCCGCCCCCACCCCGGCUCCCCCUGCCGGGCAGACGCUCACAGUGAGAGAGAGUGCGGGGCCGGCUGCACGGUGGCGCCGCGCCGCGGCCGCCGCCGCAACCUGCGCCGCCCGGCUUCGACCUAGUGUCUGCCGCCUGCAGCGCCGGGCGGGUCGGGACCGCGGCAGCUGCCGCCCGCUACACUCACCGUCCGGUGCGGGCCGCGUCGCCGCUUCUCGCCGCGGAGCAGCAGGCAAGUAG